UCCGUCUCUUGGUGGAGCCGUGGCACAGGCAUCAACGUCAAGGACUGCUGCGGCUCCUGUACGAGCGUCGACGUCAAGCACGGCCAUACGACGCGGUCAGCAGUCACAGCUGCGCCACACCACCGCCUCACCGUCUCGACAACGCCCUGUUCCUGCAAAGGGCCCUCGCAUUGUCUCCGGAAAUGGAAAUCAGAACACGCCGCUCGAGAUCGCCGAGUCUUCGGAUAUUGAAGUUGUUGAGUACGAGGAGGAGGAAGUGGAGAAUGCGGAGCUGGAACCUAUCGACAACGCCAUCAAUCGCCAUAGGAAGACGGUAACGUCUUACCGAGUGAAGGGGAGGUCGAUGAGCAUCCCGGCUGCGCCCUCGUCUUCAUCUACGCUUACGACAGCGAAGUUCAGCAAGCUUCGGCAGGGCCAACAGAGGGCUGCCACACUGAAGACAUCCACGUCAACUGUCCAGUUGCUGACAUUCCACUGCGACGUCAUGUUGAUGAAUGAGAAUGGCAAAACAUCGGGUACUUGUAUCCCAGCAUUCCGGUGCGAUGUUGCGCUGAAUGAUCAAAUGGAUGUAUUGGUGGACAAGGUCAUGGAGGAGUUGAACAGCGAGGAUAGUCAGUGGAGGAAGGUGUAUGGUGAUGAUGCCGUCAUUGCGUUCGGUGAUAUAUGCCUCACCUUCAAGCAGAAGAUCACGUCACAGUACAGUCAGAUCAAGCCGAGGAACUAUGGGUCUGUACGGCAGUUCUGGGACAUGCAUACGCAACGGAAGGGGCUGUACUUCAGUGAGCAUCAGAUCAAGCACUUCUCGCCCGCCAUUGGUGUUCUCGUGCCAAUAAGCUGCACUCGUCCACGUCACGACGCGGCGUCUGAUGACAAUGGUGAUCAUGAUCGCCGUGGCCGUCAACGCAAGACUUCUCGCAAGCGCAAGGAACGGUUGUCUGACUCAGCCUCACCUCCACCCAUCAAGAAGGAGAAGCUUGAUGACGGUUUGGUUGAAGUGAAGGUAGAGGUGAAGGAAGAGCCUAUUGAGCCAGCACGACCAAGGAAGCAACUUCGGCGUACUGCACGCCGUAAGGCGCCACUAGUCAAGCCUUCAUCGAAAUCAUCACCAUUGCGUCCUAUCACCCUUCAUCGCGCAAUCACAUUUUUCUGCGAGCAGCCUGUUCUUCGGGAUGGAACAUGGUCACUUCAGAGAUCUGUUGAUGCAUUCCAGGGGAAGCUUCAUAUUCCGUUGGCUGCUGGCAACUCAAGCAGAGUGCGAGAGCUUCUUGUUGACGAUGAUGCUUCUGUUCUCCUCGGAGCCCAAUGCUUCAAUGUCUACAACUCAACGCUAGAUGCUGCGCAGUUUCAAGUCCUUCGGUUAGCCAAGCUUGGAGGCUUGCUGUCAGAGUUUAUGACAGUGCUGGGAAAGCAGUCUGCAUGGUUUUUAGACAUUGAAGUUCCCAAUCACUUCAUUGCUUUGGAACUUGAGGACAGCAGUGAAGUACCCAAGACAGUCUUAGACUGCUGCCCAAAUGCUGUUGCUGAGGAGCUAUCUGGUAACCUUGCACCAGAGAUCCAUGCUGAGAUCAAUGACCUCACUGUAGCCCUCUCACACUAUACUUUUCAUAGCUGUGGUGGUGAUAAGGUGUAUGCAAGUUUCAAGACAAGCAUAACAGAGGGUGGGGCCAAGUUGCAAAUAUAUGAUCCUGUGAUCCAUUCCAUCUCUGGUGAUGAAGGGCCCCAAGAUCAAGGCCCAGAUGCUAUCUUGGCCUUCAAGCUACAGCAUGCAUGCUCAGGACUCUGUUCCAAACUCAAGCUCCAGCCUUUUGUGUAGAUGCAGUCUAGGUGAAGCUCCUGGUGUAAUAUGCACAGCAGAUGGAUCCAGCAGUAACAUACAACACUCCUUUAGCCAUUUACUUACAGCCUUUUAGUUCAUACCAAAUCUAAUUUUGUUUCAUGUAAA